AUGCCGGAUCCAGUCCCCCUUUCGUCUCGUGUCAGAGGCGCGCUUUACGGCCUCGCCGUGUGUGACGCGUUAGGAGGCCCUGUCGAGUUCAAGCCGCGCGGGUCGUUUAAGCCGGUGACGCGGAUGCUGCCAAACGACAACUUCGACCUCCCGCCGGGCUGUUUCACCGACGACACUUCGAUGACCUUGUGUCUGGCCCAGUCGUUUCUAGACUGUGGCGGCCAGUCCAACAUCGUGGACCAGGUGAAGAAGUAUAUCUCGUGGUGGCGGGAUGGCUACCUGUCGUCCGUCGGGAGAUGCUUCGACAUUGGGGUCUCGACGAAAUGUGCGCUGGAAACUUGGGACAACCUCCUCAGGCUUGACCACGACGCUUCACCGACCGACGAGGCCCACCGCGCAAUUCUGAAGAGAAUCACGCGUUCCUUCGGCAAGGACGAAUUCUGCGGCAACGGCAGCUUGAUGAGAGUGCUUCCGGCAGCGUUGAUCGCUGUAAGCGAGUUGGAUGCUGUCCAGCUCGCUCGUGAGAGCUCGCUGCCAACGCAUCCUCAUCCUCGCUGCGUACACGCCUGCAUGAUAUACGCUGCUUUGGUCCUGCAAACACUGAAUGGCGCCUCAAAGACAGAGCUCGCCCUCAGCUUGGCGGAAUCGGUCAAGGAAAUCCCCAGCAACGUUUCCGACACACCCAUUGAACCUGUCCUCGCGGAGCGGCUGGGAAAGUACCAAACGCUUGAGGAUUGGGAGAAGACACCGGCCGAAUCGAUACGGAGCACGGGCUACGUUGUCGACACUCUCGAAGCGUCGCUCUGGGCUUUCUUCAACUCGGAUACGUUCGACGAGGCGGCGACCCUGGCUGUAAACUUGGGGUACGAUGCAGACACGGUGGGAGCGAUAUGUGGCGGGCUUGCUGGGGCCUAUCAUGGCUUUGAAGCUAUUCCAGAGAGUUGGCUGCGCGACAUGAAGAAGACAGACCUUCUUGAUGAAGUAGCCCAGAAGAUACUUGAACACAGGAACACAACCGUGUAA